CCGGCACUACUUGUGGUGUUCGGUUCGUCGGCGAAAGAUCUUAUCUUUGUGCCGUGCUCGGUCAUUUCCAUAUUUUUACGGUGUUUUGUUUGUGUGUGUGGUGGAAAACUGGUGUGGAUAUACGAACUGAACAUCAAUGAUGCGGCUUUUCAAGCGGCGGUGCUCGGAUCCCUCGCCCCAGCUAGUGAGUCUCUCACCCAUCAGCCAGGAGGAUGAGGAGGAGGUGGAGGAGGUCAGACCCAGACAGACCCGGUCGGGUCAAGCAUCACCCGCCAGGACACCAGUGUCCGGCUCACCCAAGGCUUAUAGGAAAGGGCUAUCAACAUGGGGUAAGAAGGUUGGACGUAAAUGGGACCAGUUGAAGCGAAGUGAUUCCUCAGAGUUGUUGGCUGCUUCUCCUGGCAGACGUCGUAACUGGUCGCCCAACACGUCCAGUCCGGCCCCACCACCGUCGUCUGCAGCACCUCCACGAGCCAGGCGGAUCUCCAGGGUGGAGUCCCUCAGGAACCUCUUUGUGAGAGGUGGAGUCAACUCUCUGACAAACGUGCAGAACAAGGAGAAGACCAUCAACAACAACACCAUCAAGAAUGUCCAGGAGAACGGCACAGAGUGGGUGAAAGAAGAGUGUCAAAAAGGUAUUUCAGACCUGUAUCAGCUGAACGAAAUGCUUGAAGAGUGUAAAAAGGGAAAAGAAAGUACCACCAAACCAGUGAAAUGCAGGAAGAGAGCCUUGACUGAACCUGUACCUGAAAACCCCUUAGAGGAACACUGUCUGUUAGAAUACAUCCUUUCUCACCAAUCCUUGCAAGGCAUUGCUGGAAAAGAGACAGAAAAUAAUCUCAAGUCGUUGAGUUACGAUGAUCUCUUAGCGACUUUCAAAGAUCUCACUACAGCGGAACAGAUGAACUUGUUGAAGAAAUCCACGUUGUCUUUAGACGAACGAAAUUCAGGUUGUGAAAAGAGCAGAUCUCAUUUGUCAGUUUUACCUGAAGAGAAUUCUUCAGUGUCCCCAGUGCCUGGAAGGAGUAUAGGGAAAAUAAGACUGGUAGAUAAUAAAGAGUGUAGAAGUAGUAAUGAAGAACUCACGAGAAGAGGGAGGAAGAAUUCUACUCUUAAACCCAGACCUGAUUCUACUCCUGUACCUGGAUCUCAGCUGGAGACUCUUUGUUCCUUAUUGAAUAAUCUUCUGUUGGUUAAGGCAGAUGAAAGUGGGUAUGAAAGUGAUUCUACAAGAGCUGGGUCAGACUCACCGAGGGGCUCUAUAAAGUCAUCUAUUUCUGACGUACAACUGCCCCGGAAAAUUGUCACAAGAACAAACUCAAAUACUUCUUUUAUCGCAGAAAAAGAAAAUGCUGCAUCUGAAAAACUCCAGGCGGAUUUAAAACAAUCAAGUUUCUGCUGCGAAGAAGUGAACGAAACUAAAUGUGACGAUGCUAAGUUGAUAUCAGGUCAAGUCAACGAAGAGAGCUUUGAUGAUGUUUUUUACUCAAACGACACUAGCAAACCCAAUGGAAAUCCAUUGCCAAACGGUUUGAGAGAUUUAAGCCCCGCUAAUGAAACAGAUGAAGAAAAACUUUCUUUUUCAAGAAAACGAAACGCUAAAAUAAACAUUGGCAUACGCAGAGGUGAUGUAAAAUCUGUCGGUCUUUCUUUGGGCUAUCGAAAACCUUCUCCUAGUUCUCAAUCUGAGGAGAUCAAGGGAGAAAGGGGGAUUGACAGCAAAGAUAUUUCUUUACAAUCACUGCUAUGUAACAGAUGCAAACCGACGACAGAAAUCCAAACCAAAACUACUCCUUCCUCUAACUUCAAUCUAUACCAAAGGUUUCUUAGUAAUAAAGCGCAGCAGAUUUCAGUGGCACAUUCUUCAGUACCGCCCUCUUCAAGUUCAAGUUAUCGGGACGACAAAGAGUUCAAAAGUAUGAGGUUCACCAAAGACCACACAGGAGAAUUGGGAGUGUACAUAGAACGUAAAGAUCCUGCAGCUAGGUCUGCUUGUUAUGUCAUCUCUUAUAUUGAACCUGGAGGAGUGAUGCACAGAGAUGGCAGAUUUCGCAUAGGAGAUGAAAUAGUGCGAGUAAACGGCUGCAGAAUGAGAGGUCUGACGAUCCAAGAGGCGAGAACUACGUUGCGGAACACACCUCAAGAAGUGGAAAUCGUCAUUUGUCGUGACACUGAACCUAAAACUCUACCUGAAACAACCGUUCCAACAUUUCCGGACAAGACUUUUAAAAGACCUCUCGCUCCACUCAGCAGCGUACCAAAGGGAAUUAAAGUGGAAAAAUCACAAUAUCUGAGACAAGUUUCAAUGCCAGAGAUUAAAAUUGACUCGUCAAAAAGGGAAAGUAAAAUCGCAGAGAAGAAUGCCGAAGCUAAGAAACCACCUUUGUCGAAAUCUUCUGGGAAACCUCCCAUUCCUCCGGAUGAACCUGCAAAAGCCUUGACAGGAAUGAGGAAGUUCUCGUGUCAGUUUGACGGAAUCUCUCCGAGGAGAAGGACUGAAGCUCCGAGAAGACAAAGUCAAACACCGAGGCCAAAGUCUUUGACAUUGUCCAUGUUUACUGUCACGUUACAUAAAGGUCCUGGAUACAAGUCCUUAGGCUUCAGCAUAGUGGGAGGCCAGGACUCUCCGAAAGGAUCUCUGGGGAUCUUUGUGAAAACAAUCUUCCAGUCAGGACAAGCUGCGGAAAAUGGAAACCUUAGAGAAGGUGAUGAGAUUAUAGCUGUCAACGGGACGACACUACAAGGUCUGACUCACUCGGAGGCCAUCGCAGUGUUCAAGGAAAUCAAGAGUGGAACUGUCAUGCUGCAUGUCGGCCGACGAGACCAGCUGCAUAAGAGAGCUAACAAGUCCAAAUCCUGCGAUGACCUUGACAAAUUCAACUCUUAACGAAAAUAGCAGCAAAGAAAAUUAACAAAAGGCUGUGACUCAUCGAGAAACCUUGUGGUUCUUUAAUUUCAGAGUUUAUAUUAUCUUUUAACUUUACAACACUGUAUAUAGAAAUAUUGUUCCUACAUUGUAUAAUUGUAAGGCAACGCUUAGGUAUGGGCUUUAGAAAACUUUUGUACAGUGUUUAUUGUUGUAAGUUUUAUUUUGUAAUUAACGAAAUAAUUAUUAUAAUGUUAUCUCAAUUUAGUAUACUAAGUUAAACAUUU